AUGAGUAAAUUCGAAUUACCUUCGUCUUCAAUCUCGCCUACCUCAACGCCCGCCAACGCGUACUCGACCUACUCCUCAGAUGAUGAUGAAGACACGCUGCCAUAUCCAGGCGAACUUCCACGCAAUGACUUCGUAGCUCCAGACUUCGACCCACAAACGUACCUCUCUACGCUACGGAAUCGCCAUCAAACUCUUGAAGAUCUCAGAUCCGACCUUCGCCAAAGAAGCCAACUUCUGAAUAAGGAAUUGCUGGACCUGGUCAAUGGAAACUACGAGGAGUUCUUAAGUCUAGGAAGCGAUUUGAAAGGCGGCGAGGAGAAGGUGGAAGAGGUCAGAGUGGGGUUGCUUGGGUUUCAAAGAGACGUAGAAGGCAUCAAAAGGGGGGUGCGAGAAAGAGCGGAUGAGGUGGGAGGCUUGGUCAAGGAACGGAAAGCGAUCAGAAGAGACGUUGCAGUGGGGAGAUCUCUACUGGAAGUACAUGAACAGAUCGGGGAGCUCGAGCAGCGCCUUGGAAUCACAUCCAGAGCAGAGGAAGACCUCGAUGACGAUGACGAAGAAGACGAAGACACAGAUGAUCCGGCAGCUGGUGCAAGCACUCCAUCGAUACCUCUCAAGAAGCUGAAACGUCACGCGACUCAAUACAUACUGAUUACGAGACUGAUGGAUCGCAUUGGACCAAGUCAUCCUUUUCUGGUAUCUCAAGGCUCGAGGCUCGAGAAGAUAGGGAGCACGCUGUUACUCGACCUGUCUGCAGCGCUGAAGCAGGCAAAGGCGGCGAAAGCGCCUGAUGCUAUACUGGCGAUCGUGAAGAUCUACGCUGACAUUGGUGCCGAAGAAGAGGGUGUCAAAGUGCUGAAGGGUGGCUGA